CGGAUCGAUGUUAUCGACAGCGCUGUUCCAACGAUUUUUAUGGGUGAAUAAAUCGAAAAAUAGAUGGCAUUUUUGUCAACUUGAAACUACCAUUUACACACAUCGUCGAAACCAUGAAAAUUAUUACAAAUAUGACCUCAACAAAUAAAUAGACAAUAAUGAUAAAAUUAAAUCCGAAACAAGAAAACUUCCAUCUCAUCUCCAUAGUCAAUGGCAGAAUUUGGUGAAUAGAAAGAGCGAUAACACCUUUGUGGAUGGACCCGAAACGAGGAUGUUGUAUGCCAAAUCACCGUCCAAGCUCUCCUCAGAGAGAACUUUGUACCGUAAGAAAGUGCAAUUACAAUUCGAAACAACAAAACGAACAAUUCGGUAACAAUCAAAAGCUUCUCCAAAGGAUUCAACAUAUAAAAAAAAAUUUGGAAAGAUAUCAGAAUCCGAGAUCGAGGGAAAACGACGGCCGGAGGGAUGGGGAGAGUCAGACGCCAGAAUAUACCCGAUCGGAUUUGAACAGCUUCCGAACAAUUUUGAACAAUUGUAUCGUCUCAAUGAGAAAAUUGAAAAAAUUCGUAGAAGAUGAGAAUUUCUGGUGGAAGGUUUUCAAAGACAAAGAUUUUAAUUGCUGCGAGCAGAACAUGCCACAUUUGCAUGGUUUUCUCGAUGGAACUAUGGUUACUUUGAAAUUUCUUGAGGAAAGGCUUGGAGAGCCUAUCGGCCAUUCAACGCCGGAACGCAGGAUAUCGGAUCCUUUAACACCUUGUCAAGAACACCUUAUGGGAUUAGCGUAUGGACCUAGGGAUGAUGAACGUGUCAGAAGACUUGAGUAAGGAAAAA